AUGACCGUCACCAAGAUCCCCACGGAGCAAUGGGCGGCGGUGGUGGAAAAGACUGGAGGACCCGUCGCAUACAAGAAAAUCCCCGUUAGAGAGCCCGGCCCAGAUGAAGUCCUUAUCAACGUCAAGUACUCGGGCGUCUGCCACACCGAUCUCCACGCUAUGAUGGGUGACUGGCCCAUCGCUCCCAAAUUACCCCUCGUGGGGGGCCAUGAGGGUGCCGGUGUCGUGGUUGCACGAGGCGAGCUCGUCGAGGACGUCGAGAUUGGUGACCACGCCGGCAUAAAAUGGCUGAACGGGUCGUGUCUGAACUGCUCCUACUGCAACGUCGCUGACGAGCCGCUCUGUGGCAAGGCUUUGCUGUCUGGGUAUACCGUCGACGGCUCAUUCCAGCAGUUUGCUAUUGCCAAGGCCGCCCAUGUUGCUCGGAUUCCCAAGGAGUGCGAUCUCGCAGCCAUUUCUCCCAUCCUGUGCGCUGGCAUCACCGUGUACAAGGGCCUCAAGGAGUCUGGUGCCCAGCCGGGGCAGUCUGUCGCCAUUGUCGGUGCUGGCGGUGGUCUGGGGAGUUUGGCCUGCCAGUAUGCCAAGGCCAUGGGCCUCAACAUCAUUGCUAUUGAUGCCGGCGAUGAGAAGAGAGACAUGUGCUUGAAGCUUGGCGCUGAUGUGUUUGUUGACUUCAUGACCUCCACGGACCUUGUUGCAGAGGUCAAGGCGGCGAGUGCUGAUGGCUUGGGUCCCCAUGCUGUUCUCCUUGUCGCUGUCACCGAAAAGCCCUUCCAGCAGGCUACUCAAUACGUACGGUCCCGAGGCGUCGUCGUCUGCGUUGGGUUGCCGGCCAAUGCUAAGCUCUCUGCGCCCGUUUUUGAUACUGUCAUUCGUAUGAUUAAUAUCAAGGGCAGUUAUGUAGGCAACCGUGCCGACACGGCCGAGGCCAUUGAAUUCUACCGCCGAGGCCUCAUUAAUGCUCCAUUCAAGACUGUGGGUCUAAGUCAAUUGCAAGACGUUUACGAAUUGAUGAAGGAGGGUAAGAUUGCUGGACGAUAUGUUGUUGACACAAGCAAAUAG